AUGGGGUUGACUCACACCCCACACGAACAUCAUGCGGGUCACUCCCGCCCCGAGGCCACAGAAGGCAUUCAGGUCCCGUAUCAAGACAACCCCGACUUCUUAGAAAACGAUUCCGACUGGGCCAGUACCGACAGCGACAGCGCGAGCACCGCCAUCUUCAAUGGCAGCUCUCCACGCUUGCGAGAACUGGAGCCCACGCCGCUGAUUACAGAUUAUCACCAAUUCCCAUCCAGGAACGGAUACGACAGCGGUGACGAUCCCGACGCCGUACCCAGACGCAUUGAUGAAGACCAAAACGAAAAGCCGGUGACCUGGCGGUCGCUGCCGAAGAAGGGCCAGCUGGCGAUCAUGACAUUUGCGCGGUUGUCGGAGCCAUUGACCCAGACUUCGUUGCAAGCAUAUAUGUUCUACCAGCUCAAGUCGUUUGACCCGUCCUUGCCCGACUCAACUAUCUCGGCGCAGGCUGGUAUGCUGCAAGGCAGCUUCACGGCUGCGCAGUUUCUCACGGCCGUCUGGUGGGGUCGCCUCGCUGAUGCCGAGUGGAUGGGCCGAAAGCGAGUUCUCCUUAUUGGUUUGCUCGGCACUUGUAUCUCGUGUCUGGGAUUUGGAUUCUCUCGGUCAUUUGUGUCGGCAGCGAUCUUCCGGACUCUGGGCGGGGUGCUGAAUAGCAAUGUCGGCGUGAUGAGGACCAUGAUUGCGGAGAUCAUUGUCGAAAAGAAGUUCCAAUCUCGCGCGUUCUUACUGUUGCCCAUGUGCUUCAAUAUCGGCGUGAUUAUCGGCCCAAUUCUGGGAGGCUCGCUCGCCGAUCCCGUCAAUAGCUUCCCGCAACUGUUCGGCCCAGGUUCAUUGCUUGGGGGCAAAGAUGGCGUUUGUUGGAUGCAACACUGGCCUUAUGCUUUGCCAAAUGUUUUGAGUGCAAUAUUUAUAUUUGCGUCUUUGGCCGCUGUCUUUUUUGGCCUCGAUGAGACACACGAAACGGCUAGAUACCGGCGAGACUGGGGCCGAAAACUAGGAAAGAAGCUAGUCCGGCUCGCGUCCCGGCGACGACGACACUACCGACCUCUGACGCAGUCUGCUGACGACGAAUCUUUGUAUCUGGACGGCAGCGUAGGAACGUGGUCUGCACCAUCCAGUCCAGCACGUUCGCGCGCGCCGCCUCGGCCACACAAACGACAAGGCUUCCGCCAGAUCUGGACACGAAAUGUCCUCCUUACGCUAUUAUGUCACUUCCUGCUCGCCUUCCACACGAGCGCCUUCAACUCCAUGACCUUCGUCUUCCUACCCACUCCACGCGCCCCGGAAGGAUCCCGGACCGGGUUUUUCCACUUCAGCGGCGGGCUGGGGCUCCCAUCUUCGCGGGUCGGGCUCGCCACCGCGAUCAUCGGGUUCAUUGGUCUCCCACUACAGAUCCUGCUGUAUCCCAAGAUCCAAUCGAAGCUGGGCACACUUACCUCGUUUCGCAUGUUUCUUCCCUUCUCCCCUCUUUCCUACCUCCUCAUGCCGUUCCUUGUUGUCUUACCGCGCAUUGCAUGGCUCGUCUGGCCUGCUUUUACGCUCGUGGUGGGCUUGCAGGUGGUCUCACGGACCUUUGCGCUGCCUGCGGCUAUUAUUCUCGUGAAUAACUGUGUAACGGAACCUUCCAUCCUAGGCACCGUCCACGGUGUGGCUCAGAGUAUCUCUAGUGCGGCUCGGACUCUGGGCCCAUUCUUUGGUGGUUGGGGUCUUGGGUUUGGUCUUGAAAAUAAUAUUAUUGGAGCCGUGUGGUGGGCCCUGGCGACUGAAGCACUGAUCGGCUGGUUUUUGCUCUGGAGCAUCUAUGAGGGCAAGGGGAUCGAGCGGAAGAAAGACGAACUGGAUGAGGCCGAGAGCUGA